CGUAGAAUAGUCGAAGGAGAGAAAGAGACGAUGAGUCAUACAGACGACUCACCAGCUUAUAAGUAGUAAAUCCAGCAAAAGGAAAAAUAUUCAACUCAGAAAGUCCGAUCAAGAAUAUUCACCGGAGAAAAGGAUCAUAAGAGCAUUUGAGAAUGGUGCUUUUGCCUGCAUUUUUGGACGGGUUUGCAAGAAGCGUGUCGACAAAGAAAGCCAAACAUCUAUCAGAAGAUGAAGAUGGAGGGAGAGAGAUCGCUAAAUCGAUGAUUAAAGAUUCAAAGAAGAAUUCGACUUUGCUUGGUUCUUCAGGGUUUGUCAACUCUGAAACCUCCAAGAGAUUUACCUCUAUUUGUUCUAAUAGAGGUGAGAAAGGAAUUAACCAAGAUCGUGCCAUUGUUUGGGAGGGAUUUGGUUGCCAAGAAGACAUAACAUUUUGUGGGAUGUUCGAUGGACAUGGACCAUGGGGACAUGUGAUAUCCAAAAGAGUCAAAAAGUCAUUUCCAUCUUCUCUGCUUUGCCAAUGGCAACAAACUCUUGCCUCCUUAUCGUCGUCGCCGGAAUGUUUCUCUCCGUUUGAUCUCUGGAAGCAAUCUUGCCUGAAAACAUUCUCCAUCAUCGAUCUUGAUCUCAAGAUCAAUCCUUCCAUUGAUUCUUACUGCAGCGGCUGCACCGCUCUCACCGCCGUCUUGCAGGGUGAUCAUCUUGUUGUAGCAAAUGCUGGUGACUCACGAGCAGUAAUAGCAACUACUUCUGAUGACGGUAACGGUUUAGUGCCGGUUCAGCUCUCGGUAGACUUUAAACCGAACAUUCCCGAAGAAGCAGAACGGAUAAAACAAUCAGAUGGACGAUUGUUCUGCCUAGCAGAUGAACCGGGAGUGUAUCGAGUGGGUAUGCCAAAUGGAGAAUCACUCGGUUUAGCUGUUUCAAGAGCAUUCGGAGAUUACUGCCUUAAAGACUUUGGUUUAGUCUCAGUACCGGCAGUGACAUACCGAAAGAUAACCGAAAAGGACCAGUUCCUCAUCUUGGCAACCGAUGGGAUGUGGGAUGUGAUGACAAACGAUGAGGCAGUGGAGAUAGUAAGAGGAGUUAGAGACAGGAGAAAGAGCGCAAAGAGAUUGGUGGAGAGAGCUAUGAUACUUUGGCGUAGGAAGAGAAGAAGCAUCGCCAUGGAUGAUAUCUCUGCUCUCUGUCUCUUCUUUCACCCUUCUUAAUUUAGCUGCUCUUUAACCUCUAAUACAUAUAUAUCAAUGUAUUUUGAGCUUCAACAACAAAAAAUGUGAUAUAUAUAUAUAUAUAUAUAUACAUUUACAUAGAAUAAUAGAUGUUGU